CUUCCUGCCGCUAGCGGCCGCCACAGUCGGAACUGCCCCAGCAUCGCGGCUUGAGCCCAGCACCGGGCUGUCCUUCCGACCCGCGGACCCGGCGGCGCGGCCUUCCGAGCGCCAGGAAAUGGAGCUCCGUGGCCCGUACCUGUGCUGCAGCUGCUACGGCUGCUCGCCAGGGCGCCCGUCCUGCCAAGGCCGCAGAAGCCGAGCCCGCGAGUUUCUGGCCGCUGCCGUUUUUUAACCGCCGGGUGGAGGAGGAAGGUCUCUGCCGGCGGCGCCCGGGGAGGGGGAGGCUCGCGUGCUUCAGCUUCGCCUCUCCCGUCGCUUCUUCUUAAGUUGCUUUGCUUGGCGGCGGCGCCGGCGGUGCCGGCGAUGAGCAAGCGGCCGCCUCUUGCGCCUGCGAAGCGGGGAAGCAGGCGAAGCUCUCGCUCGACCUCCGCCGGCCGUCGGCGCUUCCUCCUUCUCUCCUUGUUGUUCUGGUCGCCUUAAACGCCGGGCGAUGUGGGGCCCCGGAGCCGCCGCGUUGCAGCUGCUCUCGCGGGCCACCAAACACGCCUUCGCCCAGGACGCCCGGCAGGACCUAAGCCGCUGGCUGCCUCGGCUUGGCGCGGCGGCAGGCGAGGCGGCGGGGAGAGGAGGCGGCGGCGGCGGCGGCGGCGGCGGCGGCGCGGAGGAGCUGCUCUUCGGCGAACAGAACGGGCUGCAUCACUACCCGCCGCCGCCUCAUCAGGAACCGUCGGUAGAGAUCCUGCUGUGUCAACUGCCCGAGGUGGGCCCCGGCUUGGCCGAGGGCAGGACGUGGCGCUGCUCGGGCUGCCUGCUGGGCACCUGCUGGUGCAAGAGUUGCCUGAGCGUUUGCUUGCUGGCCGCGCUCUGCUUCGCCUCGCUCGCCCUGGUGCGCCAGUAUCUGCGGGACCUGAUGCUCUGGGCGGAGAGUUUGGACAGCCUGGCCGGCGUGCUGCUCUUCACCGUGGGCUUUAUCGUAGUGUCCUUUCCGUGCGGCUGGGGCUAUAUCCUGCUUAACGUGGCCGCGGGCUACCUCUAUGGCUUCGUGCUGGGCAUGGGCCUCAUGGUACUCGGAGUCCUCAUCGGCACCUUCAUCUCCCAUGUGGUGUGCAAGAAGCUGCUGGCCCGAUGGGUGCUGGCCAGGAUCCAGGGCAGUGAGAAGCUCAGCGCCGUCAUCCGUGUGGUGGAGGGAGGAAGUGGCCUCAAGGUGGUCGCUCUGGCCAGGCUCACCCCUAUACCCUUCGGGCUCCAAAACGCACUCUUCUCUAUCACAGAUCUUUCACUACCAAACUACUUGAUGGCUUCUUCCAUUGGAUUGCUUCCGACUCAGCUCCUAAACUCCUACCUGGGCACCACCUUACGCACCAUGGAGGAUGUUAUUGCGGAACAAAGUGUUAGUGGAUAUUUUAUUUUUAGUUUACAGAUUGUAAUAAGUAUAGGUCUCAUGUUCUAUGUUGUUCACCGGGCUCAGAUGGAAUUGAAUGCAGCCAUAGUUGCAUGUGAAAUGGAAAUGAAGACAUCGCUGGGUAAAAGCAGUCAGCCAAGCAACAGCAAUUCAGCAUAUUGCAGCAAGAGGACGCUUGCAUUUUCUAGCGGAGGAAUCAACAUUGUAUGACUGCUGCUCUCCCUCCGAAGUAUUACAUUAAGGUUUUGUGAACCUGAAUUCCCUAACUUAUUGCCUAGACAUUUUUCUGGACAUCUCAGCAAGACUUAAAUCCCAAAUAGCUCAAAGAUAUACUGUGGUACAAACCAUGUUGGCAGUUUUUCAAAGAAAAAAUUGGCGAUCAUUUGUAAGGAUCAGUAGUUGGCUAAGUAAUUAUAAAUGUAGAUGCAAGUCUGGCUGCACCUUUUGUCAUUAUUAUACUUGUCAUGGCUUGUAGUCUACACUUUAGCUAUAGUUUUGGGUUUGCUUCUAUGAACCGAGGAAUAUAUUCCUGAAGCAAAUAUUUUUUCUGCUUACCGUUAUUUAUAAGGCUGACAAAUAUAUACAUUAGAUCUUUAAUACUGACAAGCAAGUGUAAAGUAUGCAAUUUCAUGUACAGUCUCUUAGCUUUCAAAAUAUUUCCAGAAGGAGUAUGUUCUCCCUUCCCAGUCAGGCAUCCAGCACAGGGAAGGUCCCACCUCUGUGGUUGGGAAGUCAAGAGAAGCACUUCCUGAGGAGUCUCUCCCUACAUCCAUAGUAACUCCAUAGGCAUCUUACUGUCUGCAGCAGGUUACAGGGGUUUCCUGUGGCUCAUUGGCAGCAGCAGGCUGGGGGAUGGGGCGAUAUCUGCUAAAAAGCAGGGUGGUUUUGUUGUAUGGGAGCCACUUUGCUCCUUAUCUUGUUUUUUUUUUAAUUUGGGGAUAGACUGGGAGGUGGGAAGAACACCUUAUAUAAGUCUUUGUUUGAAUGUAUUUUUGUAAGCCACUAAAAUGUUGUGGGGCCAUUUAUAAUUUUUUCACAUACGUUUAAAUCCUACAUUGUGGGACUGAAGUGCUCUUAUAUAAGAUUUUAAGUUACACUGUGCAAUAUGCAAAGUAAAAGGGAAACUGCAGAGUACCUAAUAGUGGCAAACAGUGUAAGGGAGAACUUGCAGGUGAAAUGCACAUCUUUGACUUGGCUUUACCAUUCUUGUGAGUAACAAAAGGGCUCUUCCAUUACAAUCCCAUUUCUAGCAAGUCAUAAAAGAGUUUUGGGGAGCAUAGAUCAGCUUCACUUUGUUCUGGGCACUGCAAGACUUUAAAAAGCAGGAGGAACUAAAUCUUUCUGAAAAUACUAUGGUACUAGUCUCGUGGCCUUUAUUUUAUAGGGAAGACCUUCCGGUUUUUCUUCUAUAAAAGCUUUAAAAAUCAACACAAUUCCUCCCUAAUAAACUUUCCACCAAACAUAAAACAAUGCUUGUCUUGUAUGCAUUUUGUGCAGGACUUCUGCCAAUGGAGUGCUAUGAAGAUUACGCAUGUUCCUGUCUUGUUUGGAUUUGUAUUAAACAUUUGCAAAAAUUAGGAAAAGACAGGUUUUCUAUCUUUAAAAAAUGACAAGAAAAGGGCAGAAAUGUCUUUGAGACUCAGGAAUCUGUAAAUGUUUUAAAAAGAAUAUACUUCAUAUGAUGUGAUGGACUCUCCACAGAAGGAUCACCAAGUAGCUUCUUCAUGGGUUUGAAUGGAUAAGAAUAAACCUUCCUGUGCUUGUGUGUGUCAUUUUCAUAAUUCUUUACAGAUACCUAUUUGUAUACCUGAGUUCUGUUGUCACAAAAAUACUUUAUAGCAGUUGGAACCAGCACAAAACUACUUCAAACAUGAAUUGUCUUAUUUUUGUCUGAAAUCCUAAUUAGUUCUGAACAAUAAAGUACACAUCUGGCUUUUAUGAUUUUGUGUUAUGUAUUCCUUUUUCCCCCAGUAACUUUUUUGUAAGUCUGUAGUGAUGCAGUAGAUUUCUUCUUGACAUAAGUCAAGCAUGCUUAAGUUCAUUGAUUACUCUGGACUUGAUUCCACUUACUUUUGUGUUGGUUUGGGGCAAGUUAGUUUGGGCUAUAGUUAGUCCCAAGAAGUCUUCUUAGGGGAACAUAGCUCGCUUAUUUAGUAGCUUUUUGAAUGAUGUUCAUAUUUCCGGGUAACACUUCAUUGAAUUUAUGUUGCUGAAACUAUUUGCAAUGCAUUGUUUUGGUUCUUUGAAAAUUAAGACUUCGUUUACAAUUUAUGGGCACGGUUUAGCAAUGAAUGAUUCCUGGCCCCUUUCUUAGCAAGAUUUGUAUUUGAAAAGUAAUUCCAAUAAUGAAAGUAACGGAAAUGUUUAUCCCACUUAAGGAUUUAGCCAAUAUAUGUGUUUUGUAAAUUCCUUUAUUAAUAACAUUUUGCAAAAGGUAUUUUCAAAGAAUUUGGGUUCAGUCAUGUUUUGUUUUCAGAAUAAUUUUUGCAAACUGCCAAGAGAGCUUUAGCUAUUAGGUGAUAUAAAAAUGAAAUGAAUUACUUCACUACAUAAACUAUUUUGGACAGAAUAAUUUUAUUUUGCAUUUUGCCUGUUGUACAAGUCACUAGAAAAUAUACUUAAUCUUUUUCUGUAUCUUGCCAAUUAUUUAUACAAUAAAUUCAUUAUGUCUAUUUAA